CCCCCAAUGUGACUUCCAACACGCAUCACCCAGCUAUCAUGAUUCCAACCAUCAAACAAGUUCUCAACCCAUUCAUCCCAGGAACCGCGGUCUUCAAGUUGUCGAGACUGUGUGAAAGGGACAGGGACGCCUCAAGGAGGACCAGCACUGAGGCCCCGCGCGCAGCCCCGCGUGCAGUGACCAUUGAAGACCUGGAUCACCUGUUUCCCACGCUGGAGGAUUACCAGCGCAGACUACGUCGUCCAGAGAAAGAGCUCGACCGCCCCCCUCUCGUCAAGGACCAGUACGAGCAUCCUGCGUUGGCGUACUACGAGAACCUACACUCCUUCAAACAAUCCGUCACCCAGGCUGGACCUACUGACUACAAGAUGGAGCUCAACAAAGAAGGCCCCGCCGCUGAGAAGGAGAGCGACCAAAAGUCUGUCUCUGAGUGGUCUGUGGUUUCGAUGACCAAGGAGAGUAAGUUGUCGUCUUCUUGCCUGUGUUGUAGCUCGUCUAGCGGUAGCUCAUGCUUGGACCUUUCAAACAGAAACCGGUAACUCUAAGAUCGCCAGCGACGGCAAGUCUAACUCCAAGAAGCAUGGAAAGCCUAGCGAUGGCAGCAAGAAGGAGAAGGUUAUGUCUAACAAGAAUGAAAGCAACAUGUCUCUGGAGUCCGCGGUUUUGGUCAACGCCCUGGGCAACCAGAGCACCGACAGCCUGGCCGCUAGUAUU